UGGUGGGUGGAGAGCCGGCACAGAGCUUAAAUAAAAAGCCCUAAAUUCACGAGAUCGAUCUUCUCACUCCUUACCUGUCAGAGAUGGCCAAAGGCUUUUAUAUCAGCAAGACUCUGGGGGUAGUAGGUAUAGUGCUGGGGGCAGGAGCUGUGGCCACCAUCAUUGCCUUGUCGGUCGUCUACGCUCAAGAGAAAUCCAAGAACGUUGAAGUCGAGCCGGUGACCACCACGGUCAAGCCCCCUCCCAUCGUUCCAACCUCACCUGCUCCACCCAAUGAUCCAUGGCACAGGUACCGGCUGCCUGACUCCCUGAUGCCCGACACCUACAACGUGACCCUGUGGCCCCAUCUUGAGCCAGACGCACAGGGCAUGUACAUGUUUACGGGGGAUUCCAGCGUGAUCUUCAGAUGUGUGAAGGAAACGGACCUGAUCCUCAUUCACUCCAACAAGCUGGAGCUGACCUUGUUCGAUGGGUUCCUUGCAAAGCUGCUCGCGGUGGAUGGGUCAGCUUCUCCAGCCAUUACGAAGACCUGGCUGCAGGAACAGACCCAGUAUCUUGUGGUUCAGCUGAAUGGAAAACUAACAGUGGGAAAGUCCUACGAGCUGCAGACUCAAUUCAGAGGAGAGCUGGCUGAUGAUCUUGCUGGUUUUUACAGGAGUGAAUAUUACGAGGAUGGAGUCAAAAAAGUAGUCGCCACGAGCCAGAUGCAUCCCACGCACGCCAGGAAGACCUUCCCGUGUUUCGACGAGCCCGCGAUGAAAGCCGUCUUCCACAUCACUCUCAUCCACCGGCCUGGCACCGUGGCUCUUUCCAAUGGAAAGGACGUUGACACUGUGAACACCACCGUCAAUGGCACUGCAGUUACACAGACCAGAUUUGAACCAACCAAGAAAAUGUCCACAUACCUGUUGGCGCUUAUCGUCAGUGACUAUGAUUUUGUUGUCUCAGAGGAGGACAAAGUUCUGAUUCGAAUAUGGGCUCGUAAAAAAGCCAUUGCAGACGGACAUGGAGAUUAUGCCCUCAAUGUGACCGGACCGGUCUUGAAGUUCUUCGAAAGCUACUACAAUGUUAGCUACCCCUUGUCCAAAUCAGACCAGAUUGCACUGCCUGAUUUCUAUUUUGGAGCCAUGGAGAACUGGGGACUAGUCACCUACAGAGAGACCAACCUUCUCUACGAUCCCAUCGUGUCCUCCAAUGCAAACAAGGAGAGGACUGCCUCGAUAAUUGCACAUGAACUGGCACACAUGUGGUUCGGGAACCUGGUGACGCUGAGGUGGUGGAACGAGGUCUGGCUGAACGAGGGAUUCGCCUCCUAUGUGGAGUACUUGGGAGCCGACUACGCAGAGCCCACCUGGAACAUCAAAGAGCUGAUUGUCCUGAACGACGUGCACAGGGUGUUCGCCAUCGACGCCCUGGCCUCCUCCCACCCUCUCUCCUCCAAAGAGGAGGAGAUCUACAAGCCAGAGCAAAUCAGUGAGCUGUUUGAUGCCAUUUCCUACAGUAAGGGAGCAUCAGUACUGAGGAUGCUUUCAGAAUUCCUCACAGAAGACGUCUUCGUCAAAGGACUCAGCACCUACCUGAAAGACUUUGCUUACAGCAACACUGUGGGAACAGACCUCUGGGAUCACCUUCAGAGAGCGGUGGUAGAGACCAACACGCCCCUGCCCGACACUGUGCAUGAAAUCAUGAACCGCUGGGUUCUGCAAAUGGGCUUCCCUGUGGUCACAAUCAACACUGCGACCGGGGAGGUAUCCCAGCAGCACUUCCUCCUGGACCCCGAGUCGGCUCCGGACAGGCCGUCUGAGUACAAUUAUGAGUGGUACAUACCCGUCAGAUGGAUGAAGUCAGGAGCGGCCCAAGACCAGUUUUGGCUGCUGACCGAUAGAGCUGCUAACAAGAACAUGACUGCAGCUGGAGCUGAAUGGGUUCUAGCCAACCUCAAUGUCACCGGGUACUACAGGGUUAACUACGACCUUGAGAACUGGAACCGCCUCCUCACUCAGCUGAACAGCAACCACCAGGUCAUUCCAGUCAUUAACAGGGCCCAGCUGGUGGACGACGCUUUCAAUCUGGCAAGGGCAAAAAUGGUCAACACCACAUUAGCUCUGAGCACAACCAAGUACCUCUCUGAGGAAAGAGACUACAUGCCGUGGGAGUCGGCCCUCGACAACCUGGACUACUACUUCCUCAUGUUCGACCGCACCGAGGUCCACGGACCAAUGCAGGCUUAUCUCAAGAAUAAAGUGGGACCUCUUUUUGAAUACUUCAAGCAAAUUACUUCCAACUGGACCAAAGUACCUGAGGGUCACACUGACCAGUAUAACCAGGUCAAUGCCAUCAGGAUGGCCUGUAGGACUGGAGUGGAAGGCUGUGAGGAGUUGACCACAGGAUGGUUCAACGAGUGGAUGAAGAAGCCAGACAUUAACCCGAUCCACCCCAACCUGAGGACGACGGUUUACUGCAGCGCCAUCGCUGCCGGGGGCGUGGCCGAGUGGGACUUUGGCUGGGAGAUGUUCCUGAGCGCCUCUAUGGCCUCCGAGGCAGAGAAGCUGAGGUCCGCUCUGGCCUGCACCAAAGAGCCCUGGCUGCUCAACAGGUACCUGGAGUACACCCUGGACCCAACUAAAAUUAGGAAGCAGGACGCCACCUCUACCAUCGUGUACAUCGCCAGCAAUGUGGUGGGCCAGCCUUUGGCCUGGGACUUUGUCAGAUCGAGAUGGGACUACAUAUUCACAGAGUAUGGAGCCAGUUCUUUCUCUUUCGCAGAACUUAUCAGUGGAGUGACUAAGCGGUUUUCAACAGAAUUUGAGCUGAAACAGCUGCAAAAGUUCCAGGAAGACAAUGCCCAGGGUGGGUUUGGGUCAGGCACAGUGGCCCUGGAGCAGUCCAUCGAGAGAACAAAAGCCAACAUCAAAUGGCUGUCAGCCAAUCAGAAGCAAGUGAAGGAGUGGUUUGAAAAUGAAGCAAAACCAAAGGAAAACUUCUGAGAAUAGAGAGCGAUUACAAAUGUAUUUUUUAAAGCAAUAUUUCUGGGUUGAUUUUAAUAUGGAUGGUGUGCCAUUCGUUCUCAAUGUUUUACUUUUUAUUUAUUGUGACAAAUUUCUCUCAAACCACUUUCUUUGUGUUAAUAUCUUUGCAGUGCAUUGUCUUGACUUCCACUGUCUAAGUUAAUAUCAUGAAUGUUCUGUCCAAAAACAAAAUUAUAUUUACACAUUUAAAUUUUACAUUUCAGGAAUGUGUUCUAUGAUAAAAAGGAAGUGCUAUUCCUAUCAGCUAAUUUAUUAUUUUUUAGAAACUGAGAAAUGAUUGUGUUGUGCUACCCAGUGUUUGGUUUCUUCAUUUCCAGCUCCAGCCAAUUCAUAAAAUUGAAAAAAAUGAAUUUAUACCCAAUUGAACUUAAACAUAAUCAGCAUAUUAUGGUCAUUUUUCAGUGUAUGCAUGGACAGAAUUAAAAUGGAAUUUACCUCAAUUCUAGGUCUUUACAAAUGUAAGCACUAUAUUCACCCGAUGUGCCGAUUAUUGAAAACAAUGAUUUGGAUAAAACAAAUUUUGACUAAA